AUGAGCACAUUAGAUGAGAUAGAGGAGGAAGCAAAAGCGACAGCAGAAAAAAUGGUUAUGAACAUGAUGCAAAGACCUGGUCAACUUGAAAAAGUAGAGCAAUACAAAAAAAGAAUAACACAUAAAAAGGCAUCAAUUGAGGCUCAAUUAAAGUCUGCUGUUCAAGGCAAAUUAGAUGGUGUUAGUGUUGGACUGAAGCAAUUACAAGAAUGUCUAGAUGAUGUUACACAAAUCAGUCUAAAGAUGGAUGAACUUGAGGACCUCUUUAAAAGUGUUCCACCUCUAGUCGCAUCUCUUCAGGCGGUACGAGAAGAGGAUUCUCGUCAUUCUCAAUAUGUUACUGCUAUGGACAGCUUAAAGCAUAUUUUCACGGUGCCUGAAAGUGUGGCUAAAACAAAACAGUGGAUUGGUGAAGGAAAAUUACUACAUGCACAUCAGUGCCUUACUGACUUAGAAAAUUCAAGAGAUGAUUUACUUUAUGAACUCCAUAGAUUACCUAAUCAAUCAUCCCAUGAUAAGAUUAUGUUAAAAGCGUAUUUUGAAGAUGUGGAAAUGGUUUCCAAUUUGCUUGAAAAACAAAUUAAGCUUAUAUUGGCAAGGACAUUGAAUACAGUGCGUAAAGAACCUACUGUAAUAGUGACUGCAUUGCGAAUUAUAGAAAGAGAAGAGAAAAAGGAUCAAAUGGCUUUACAGCAACAAAGUCAGUCAGGAUUCAUGCCACCAGGUAGACCAAAAAACUGGCGAUCAAAAGCAUUUGAAGUUCUAGAAUGUGCUGUGGCGCAAAGAAUCGAGGGCACUCGUGUAGAUGAACGGGAGGAUAAUAAAUUGUGGUUGAUCCGGUACCUUGAAUUGACCAGACAGCUGAUAUUAGAAGACCUGAGGGUGGUUAAAACCCUUUGUGUUCCCUGCUUUCCACCUCACUAUGAUAUUGUAAACAAAUAUGUCAACAUGUAUCAUACAUGUCUAUCUUCAAGUCUCCAAGACCUUGUUCAGAAUGGUCUAGAAGGUAAUGAAUAUGUGACUCUUCUGUCGUGGAUUCUUAACACAUAUCCAGGCCAAGAGCUGAUGGGGAGCGAAGAGCUCAAUAUUGACGUGUCCACUUUGCCCCCUUUGCUUAGCGAGGAAAGCAUGCAGAGAUUGCAAGAUGAAUAUUUACAAAAAAUGGAGUCGAACUACAUGGAGUGGAUGGAGAAGACUCUGGAGUCAGAGCGGGCGGAGUGGGGGGGCGAUCGCGCGCCGGACGUGGAGCCUCACACCAACGCGUACCACACGCACGCGCCCGUCAUCAUAUUCCAGAUGAUAGACCAGAACCUACAGGUAACAGAAACAAUAAGCAAAGAGAUCACCUUCAAAGCUUUAGUGUUGAGCAUCGAGCAAGUCACGCGGUACGGCAGCAUGUAUCGCGAGGGCGUCAUUCAAUUUAAGAACUCGCACUUCUCGGACCGCUCCCGGGUGGCGUACUUCACGCACCACAUGAUCACGAUCGUGAACAACAGCGAGCAGAUGGCGAGGCUGGCGCAGCAGACGCAGACGCGCCACUGGCCGCCGGCCCACCACGACCCGCCCGCAGAGGCCAAGUUCGAGGCCAUGCUGGCCACCUUCCAGAAACUGCGCGAUGAAGCCGCUCAAUUCUUACUAGAAGAAGCGUUUUUGGAUUUAGAAGUCCAUUUUGAUGACUUGUUCACUCCGAAGUGGCUGACGUCCAGCAUACCGGUCGAUACUAUAUGCGUAACACUUGAAGACUAUUUCCAAGACUAUAACCACUUGAGGGAGAAAAAUUUCGAGUUCGUCAUUAACGAAGCUCAGAAUCUGGUGUACAAGAAAUACAUAACGGCAAUGUUAUCGAAGAAAAUGACAUUUAAGAACGUCGAAGAAGCACAACAAGGCGCCAACAAGAUCGUUAAAGAAGCUAAUCAAAUUCGAUCGUUCUUCAGGCGUAUCGCACCAGAGGGCGUCAAUGUUGAUUGGCCUUUUGAAGUAAUAAAAAUACUUGCUGAGGUGCUGCGUUGUCAGGACAUCGAGAUGCUCUCGCUGGACCUGCACGGCGUGCUGGACAAGUGUCCCGACGUGUCCGAGGAGCAAUUGGGGCGUUUACUGGCGCUGCGCGGAGACGUGCCGAGGUCGCAUGUUCGCGACACCGUUGCCCACGUGCUCGCCACCCGCCAACCGCCGCGCGCCGCCCCCCACCCCUCCCUCUUCAGGCACAUAACCUUCAGCGAUCGACUACUCUCCCACUUCGCCCUC